CGCAUGCGUAGUGUGCUGCUCGUGCUCGGGCAGGGCGCGGAUCGCGCGCGUGAAGAGGAGGCGCCGGAGGAGGGAGGGGCGGGGCGGUGUGCUGUUUCUAUGGUGAAGAUGGCGGCGCCUGGGCUGAGCGGAGCAUCGAGCAGCAGCAGCAGCAGCCCGACCGCUGCGGCCAACACCGCCAUCGGCACCCGGCUCGCGUGCGCACCGGAGCUGGAUUUCAGGUCCGGAAGCAGGAUGGACGAACUGAACCGACUCAUUCAGGAAUUCAGCAAACACGACCAGCGCGAGUACGACGACCAGCGCGCGCUGGAGAUCCACACGGCCAAGGACUUCAUCUUCUCCAUGCUCGGCAUGGUGCAGAAGCUUGACCAAAAGUUGCCGGUUGCUAACGAGUACCUGCUCUUAUCGGGUGGAGUCCGUGAUGGCGUUGUGGACAUGGAUCUGGAUGAACUGGGAGUGUAUAACCGAGGCUCAGACUAUGACAUGGCCUUCACGUUACUGGUUCCUGCACUGAAGCUGCAUGACCGCAACCAGCCUGUCACAUUGGACAUGCGCCACUCAGCACUGGGUCACUCCUGGCUCAGCCUGCGGUUAUUUGACGAAGGCACCAUUACACGCUGGAGGGACUGCUGCAUGAUGGCGGACCACAUAAACGGCACCACUAACUACUUUUUCUCACCCACCCUGGUGGCCGACUGGUUCCAGGAAGCAGUGGCGCUGGUGCUGGCCGAGGUGCAGCGAAAGCCGCAGCGGGGAAUGCCAAGGGUGGAACGUGUGGAGCGCCACAGCACGCUUCUUUCAAUGAUCCUUGGAGUGGGUAGCAGCCGUAUGCUCUAUGACAUUGUACCAGUGGUGUCAUUCAAAGGUUGGCCUGCAGUUGCUCAAAGCUGGCUGAUGGAGAACCACUUCUGGGAUGGGAAGAUCACCGAGGAGGAGGUUAUAAGUGGUUUCUACCUGCUUCCCGCUUGCUCGGUUUCUGGUCGAAGGGAAAACGAAUGGCGGCUGUCCUUCGCCCGGAGUGAGGUUCAGCUGAAGAAGUGUAUCUCACCAGGCCUCAUGCAAGCAUACCAAGCCUGUAAGGCUAUUAUUGUCAAGAUGCUUGCCCAGCCUAUGGCUGUUGGCCCCUACCAUUUGCGCAGCAUAAUGCUGUGGGCUUGUGACCGCUUGCCAGCAAACUACUUGGCACAAGAAGACUUUGCUGCCCACUUUCUGCUGGGUCUCAUCGAUGACCUGCAGCACUGCCUUGUCAACAAGAGCUGCCCCAAUUAUUUCAUCCCGCAGUGCAACAUGUUGGAGCACCUGUGCGACGAGACAGCAAUGUUUCACGCUCGCAAACUUGCCCUGGUGCGCUCUGAUCCGGCUGAACACCUUCGUGCUACCAUCGAGCAAGCCAAGAACGCCAACCGCUUGACGCAGGAAAUGCAGAGGCGUGGAAGUUCCUCUGGCCUUCCUUCACCGCAAACUGAUGUUUCCUCGUCUGAUCACCAACAACCUGAUGACCGGCUUGCCAAAAAACUCCAGCAGCUGGUUACAGAGAACCCGGGCAAGUCCAUCUCCGUGUUCAUCAACCCGGAUGAUGUCUCACGACCACACUUCCGCAUUGAUGAUAAGUUCUUCUAA